AUGAGUGAUUCUUCUGAUAUUGUUGAAUUAAAUAUUGGUGGUGUUACAUAUUCGACACUUCAAUCAACAUUACAAUCUGAACCGGAUUCAUUAUUAGCUAAUCUAGUGGGACAACAACAACAACAACAACAUCAACAUAAUCAUUUGAAUAAUGUAUCAUUGGAUAUAAAUAAUAAAAUUACACGUGAUAAUAAAAAUCGUUAUUUUAUUGAUCGUGAUGGUGUAUUAUUUCGAUAUAUAUUAGAUUAUCUUCGUUGUAAAAAACUUAUUUUACCCGAAAGUUUUCAAGAAAAAGAACGUUUAAAAAGUGAAGCAGAAUAUUAUAAAUUAACAAAUAUGGUGAAAGCAUUAACCAUUCAUCAACAAUUUGGACGAACAAUGCAAACAACAAUAACACCAACAUUAACAACAACAAUAAAUGAAAAUGAAAGUGAAAAUUUGGCUGCAUCAUCUGCAUCAUUAUCAGAAUCAUCAUUAGUAAAACAACCACGUUCAGUAAAUGGUUAUAUUGUGGUUGGAUACCGCGGUACAUUUGCAUUUGGUCGAGACGGUUUAGCCGAUGUUAAAUUUAGAAAAAUCUCACGUGUAUUAGUCUGUGGACGAGUACAUUUAUGUCGAGAAGUUUUUGGAGAUACAUUAAAUGAAAGUCGAGAUCCAGAUCAUGGUCAAACAGAACGUUAUACUUCCAGAUUUUUUCUUAAACAUACAUUUCUCGAGCAAGCAUUCGAUAUGCUAGGUGAAGCUGGAUUCGUAUUGGUUGGAUGUGCAGCAUCGGGAUGCAGUGGUUCAACUGAACCGGGAAAACAAACUGAUAACGAAGAAAAUCGUUGGUUACAUUAUAAUGAAUUUGUAUUCCAAAGAGGACUAUAG